AUGCCGAUAGAAAGUAGAUUAGCCGCUGAAAGUAUUAUCUCAACCAAUGAUAAUCAUGAUCGUUCUAGAGCCUUGUAUGACUUAGAGAAUGCCCAUUUUUGUAUUGACGCCAGAUAUAAAGUAGACAAGGUAUUAGGCAAAGGAUCCUAUGGAACAGUGUGUUCAGCGGUAGACACCAAAUCAACCAAUAAGGUGGCGAUCAAAAAAGUGUCCAAUAUCUUUGAUAAGGAAGUGCUAUUGAAACGGGCUGUCAGAGAGUUAAAGCUUAUGGUUCAUUUCCGAGGCCAUAGAAAUAUAGUCAACCUUAAAGAUCUUGAUAUUAUUUAUGAUAAGCCCUAUGAUGGCUUAUAUUGUUAUCAGGACUUAGUGGAGAAUGACUUGACUCAUGUUAUAUUUUCUGGGAUCCAAUUCAGUGAGUUCCAUAUUCUGAGUUUCAUCUAUCAAAUCUUGUGCGGGUUAAAGUAUAUCCAUUCGGCUGAUGUUAUUCAUAGAGACUUGAAACCUGGGAACAUACUUGUUACUAACAAGGGACAACUUCAAAUAUGUGAUUUUGGAUUGGCUAGAGGUAUCAAUAGUAAAUAUACUGGGUUCAAUUCUCCUCCAAUUACAAACUAUGUGGCUACCAGAUGGUACCGUGCACCUGAGCUUAUACUUAGUAAGAGUGAGUAUACCAAGGCUGUUGAUUUAUGGGCUGUGGGGUGUAUUUUAGGAGAGUUAUACGGUCGGAAACCCAUGUUUAUGGGUAACAAUCAACUUCAUCAAAUUACAGAGAUUUCAAAGAUCUUGGGUAAUCCAACUUUGGAAGUUAUAAGAAAGUAUAAUUGGAAGUUAUAUUCCCCUGGUGCUGCAGCACUAGCUGGUGGGAAAGACGCAGAAGUUACCAAGAAGAGUCAAUAUAGCAUAAAUACAGUGGCUCCAAGAUUACAAUAUCCUGGGAUUGCUUUACUGAAACUCUAUCCAUAUGCUUGUGAAAAGGCAUUAGGGAUGCUUCAAAGUUUACUCUAUUGGGAUCCAGACUCCAGACUUAAUGUUGAACAAGCCCUCAGCCAUUCGUUUUUGGCUGAGAUACGAUCACCCGAGAACGAACCAGUACACCCAACCGCAUUUGAUUUUAGUUUUGAAGAGGACAAGAACCACUACUUGAGAAUCCUUCAGCAAGAUGUUGAACGAUUCCGAGAGGAAAAACGGACUUACAUCAAUCUCAACCCCAACAUGACCAAGCCGGAAUUGGAAAUUGUCCGCAUUCACGUCGUUGCUGACGGUGAAGUUGUCCUUGAUGAUCCAGAGAUCAAACACGUUAAGGUGCCAGAGGGAGCAGUGGUCCAAACGACAAUCUACUUCAAGUUGAAGGGAGGUCCAGUCAAAGGUUUGAAGAACAAAAAGGGUAAUGCCAAAGGUGGAGUUACCAUUAGAACCACUGAAUUUGUUCUCGGAGAUUAUGAUGAUGAUGACGAAGAGAAGGUACACGAAGCGAAGUUCCCGGAGGAAACAGCACCCAGUGGAUUCCUUUUACGGGGAAAAUAUACUUCUACAUCCUCGUAUUAUGUUGGGGAUGAACUUAUUCAUGAAACCGUCUAUACUACCGAGAUUGUUAGAAAGUAA